AUGGGACGGGACGAUGACGACGACGGAAACGGCAACGGUAACGGCAACGGACAAGAAAACGGCGGCGACGAUAAAGGAGAGGAAAAACCCAAAGAAGAGGAAGAAGAAAUAAAGAUAGAACUGAACAAAGAGUUCAGCCCUAAUCCGGAAUUUCUGCCUCGAGCGGUUACCUACCUCUCCCAUAAAUUUCCAUUGCGUGACGAUAGCACUUUUUUUACUUUUGGCUGGGAUGAGAAGAAAUCAAGGAAGGAAGAAGUUGGAAACAAGGAUCAUGGGCAUCCCAUAUACGACGAAAUGUUUUUCCAUCGUCCUUUCUGGAGAGAUGCACCAAGUCACUUGCAUGAAGAUGAGCUCAUGGAUAUUGAACGACUACCAUCUUUUCACUUGUCUAACCCAGCACUAAGAAGAACUGAGUAUAACAAAGAGAGAUGUGAAAAUGAAAUCUACCAAGAUUACAAAGGCACAAGAAUCAUUCAAAUCUAUCUUGAAAAAGGAUUUCCUCUCGAAGUCCCUUGCUAUACAUGCCAGAUAAAUCAAACGGGCUUAACUACGGUUUACUACUUACUUCCUUCUAGGAAUUUUUUAACCGAUAUUGAGCUACAUGAGAGAAGGGAAAGAUUUACAACUGGUAAAGGCUCUAAUGUUGCAACUCCAAUAAAUUCUUGGCUUCUACAUAUGAUCAAAAACCAUCAAUCCCAUGAGGAUCAAAAAUAUGAUGCUCAAUUUGUAUUUGGUGCCAGUCGUGCAUCUGGAGGACAUACAUCUGGAGAGCAACAACAGAUAUUGGCCGAUGACACUGGACAUCUACAGAUUCACAUCACAAAUUUUUCCUACUUUGUGCAUGCCAGCGAGCAAAGGGAUACCGUUGAGAAUUUUUACGGAGGCCUCACUCUUACCUGUGCUCAGUUAGUAGACAACGAACCUCGUAGCUUAGGAUUUAUCUACAACAUCGACUACCUGUGCAACGAUAAUGUUCUUGAAAGAUACAAACCAUCUUUAAACUACGAACAAUAUGAACGAUUAGAUAACACUACUGAACUUCCAUUCAAAUUGAGCAAAGAAAAUCUCAAGAUAGAUGUAGCUUGGGAAGACUGGUCUUGCUGCUCGGCCUGCUGUUGCUCAGUAGCUUUAUGCGGCUUGUAUGCUAACGAGAAAAAAUGCCAUGAAGUCGAUUCAUAUAGAACUAGAAGAGGUUUGUUGUCAGUGUUUCUGUUAGAUCCCAAGAAGAAGGUCAACAUUAGAAACAAAACCGUUUCUGCUGAGCUUAAUAAACUGUUUCGUAUUUCACCGUAUCGAGAAAAAGGCUUUGUCAUCUAUUCAUCAUUCAUGUUACGUCAACCUCGUUUCAAGAUCCAUCUUUUCGAGGAACAUUUGAGGGAUCCACUGACAUACUUUCUUGGAAAGCGUGGACAUGAUGAGUUCGAUGACUACGCUGGAGUUGGCAUGUUUCAUGAAGAGCAGGACUGUAGUGGAAUGGAACAGAAAAUGAAUUGUUCAGUAUUGGCUGCUUGCAGAGGCGAAAUUGUUGAGGAGCCUCCUCCACCCAUCGAGGAACAAGUUCCUGUUGAUCCUUGCGCGGAUCUACCUAUUGUGACCCUGUCAAUUAGUGAAAGCAGCUCUUCGUUCAGAUAUGAGCAAAAUACCAGCUAUCGACUACGCAUUGAUGGGCUUGAUAUGGAAACCUUGAAAGCGGUGACCUGGAAAGUUGGAGGAGAGCGGGUUAGGUCUUAUGACGAGUCGAGGCCAUGCGAUGAACAAGGUAUUUCCGUGCAUCAGAAUGGAGUUGACCUACUGCUGAUCGACGUGAACGCCACUGAAAUUGUUGACAAAGUCUUGGAGGCGUUUACAGGCAAAAGAAGGUUCAAGAUCCAUUUUGUGGUUGACAAAGAAGAAGACGUAGAUGUGCCUGAUUACCGCUAUAAGUUCAUGAUUGCUGCAGUUAUAGGAGGUUGCGCAGCAUUUAUAUUAGCUCUGAUAAGCAUAAUACACAGUUUCGUAUGGAGAAAGAGACCGCAGCCUUCGAUGGCAACAGAGAAAUCUCGAACAAAAACAAGAACUGAACGUUCCAAGCGUAAAAGGAAGCGGCCUUCCCGAAAAGUGCGAGUAUAA